GCAAUCCAUAAGCUCAUCACGAUACUUCGCGCACCAUAAGGAACAGAGAUCUAUGAGCGAGAGACAAGGCUUCGCCACGAAACAAACCAAUAGUUCAACCUCUGCCAUGGUUUCGGCAACAAGCACAGCGGAGCCCUGAUAUCUGGGAUAGUGGCUUUACUAUGCCAAGGCUGUUCAUUCUGUUUUUCUGUUUGAAGGAGCUUCAAGCGUUCUCCUUACGACGUACGCAUCGGCCUCUUGCGGGGCUUAGGCACCAUGAGCGCGGAUUCAACGGCGUGGGUAUACCAACACCAGUGACGCGGCAGCUUCAACGUCCCAGGUCCCAGGAUUGUUACGCCAACCCUCUCAAGGAGUUUCCGCCCCGUCUGACAAUCUAACACAUACCAUCUGUGGUGCAGGAGCUAGAGUGGGACUCGCCGGAGAUUUGGAC